AUGGAAGAACUUCGGAAGGCGUGCCACGAGGCGCUGUCACCGCGGCAUUCGACUUCCACUUUCCCAGAAGCGCAUGCAGGGAAUAUUGCACUUCCUGAAGAAUUAGAUCUGCUAUGGCAGGAUGUGUCAUCGCAAGGGAAUACAAGUAAUCUGGACGUAUGCGAAAGUCUCCUUGUCGCAUAUAACUUCUUAAAAGCCCGGGGCCCGAAAGACCUGUCCGGUGCUGACCAGGCUGCUGCAAAUAAUAUAUAUGCCUGGGCAAGCGAUGCUGCACUUCCGUCUCCCAUCUAUGCUGAGACAGAAGAAUCCUCGGAUGCAGAACAAAAAGAUGCUAUCCUGGAAGACCAACUAAGGUCGAGGAUCGCCCUGUCGGUGCUUUCCUUAUUGGCUGAAUCAUUCCCAAUAUCCAAAGCCGAGAGUGUGGCAGAUGUUGUAAUUGCAUUAGCCAGCUUCUCAUCUAUAGAAGAUCCAUGGACUACGGAAGAAGCAUUCUCAUGUGCCACUACCCUACUGGAUACUUUCACUCCAGCGACUGCUACGAACCCAGACAUGAAUACUACAUUCUGGCCCGUAAUCGAAAGGAUCCUCAAGGACAGAAUCCGACCACUGUUCGCAAAGACCAGAAACCCAGCCAUCACCUCUGCAGGACGCAAGAACUUCCACCCCGUGCCAUUACCCCGAUUCGACGCCAGUAUCCUAGACCCAGAAACCAAGCCAUGGAAAAUCCAAGACAUCUACGCCACAGCCGUCCUCUCCUGGAUAAUCCAGCAAUACAAAGUACGCCGCCCCCGUCUUCCUCACCAUAACCACACCACUAACAACCACACCCAGCCCACCAACCAAACCAACCUCGAAACUCACUUCCCCCUGCUCGUCCCCCCAAUACUAGCCCUAAUUGACGACGACACAACCACCAUCAAAACAAAAGGCUGCACCCUGCUCCGAAACCUCCUAACCCCCAUCCAAGAAACCAAAUCCCCCAUCCUCCACCGCACAAAUCUAACCUCCGUCUUCGAAGACGCCCUCAAACCCUGUCUCCUCUCCCUCCCCACCAUAACCCCAGAACCCGACUCCAUCAGCCUCCUAAAAGAAGCCUACCCAGCCCUGCUCACCCUCCAAAAAACAACCUACACCCUCACCCCCUCCCCACAAACCAAACCGCAAUCCAGCAAACUCGAAACCUACAUAUCGCGUCUAACAACCACACUCCGAGAAAACCUCAUACCAUCAUUCCACCACAUCAGCUCAACGAACCCGACCUCGCUAUCCCCGGACUUCGCAUCAUUCCCGUAUCCGCGGCUCUCGACGCUGCUUCUGGAGCAGGUGGUGGCUCUCCUGGGAGAGCUGGGGAUCCAUACGACGAAGUUCCUGCGGGAGAUUGUUCCGCUGGUGCAUGAUACGCUGGCGAAUCCGUUUGGGCCGGCUUAUCCGCCCAUGCUUUUGGGUGCGGUGGAGGUUGUGAGGGUGGUGGUUUUGAAUGCGCAUCCGCGGGUGUGGAUGUGGCGCGGGGAGAUAUUGGGUGCGGUGUGCGCGUGCUGGCUUCAUGUUUGUGAGGAGGAGAGGGAGAUUGUGGAUCGGGUUAAGAGGGGUGGCUUGUCUGGGGGUGAGGGUGCGGUUAUGGAGAGGCUUAAGAAGGAGUUGAGGGGUGUGGUUUAUUUGCUGAAGUUCGCUUUGCGGAAUUCGAUUCAAGAGGAUGGUGGUGAGGGUCAAUUGGAGGCGAAGGAGAAUCUGGAAAAGGAGUUGCAGGAGCUGGUUGAUGCGGAGGAGGGUUUACGUGGUUUUCUGUUGGAGGAGAUUGAUGCUAAUGAUGGGAGCUUGUUUGGGGAAGCAUAG